AUGCCAAAUCAGCAGCUGGAGGCUACUGUCCCAGUUCGUGAAUUAUUAGGGGAGAGUUUUCUGGAGAAUUUAAGAUGCACAAGAGUGCAAGUCACUGAAACAAGGGCUUAUCGUAGAAGGAGACGCAUAAACGUUCCCCCGGGUAAAAGUAUUACAGCUGCAGAUGUAGUAGAGGAAGAAACAACAGGUCGAGAUAUCAUUUUGUCUUCUCUUCUUUCGGAUUCUGAUCAAUCUUCAGAAUUUGUUAUGGAGGCAUCGGGAACAUCAAGGAACAUCGAGAAUGUAGAUUCCAACCAGGAGACAGAAAUAGUAGCCCCUACUAUCUCCCCAUCAUCUACUAAACGCGAACGUAACUCAGCAGCUUAUGCAUACCAGAAAAAGGAACUGAUAACGUUUGAAGAAAGUUAA